GAUGGUGCAAGGGCUCAUCAACAGCUGUCCACCAUGUGGGUCAUCAAGGUCCAUGAUGUGAUGCGAAUGCGGGGUAGCCCUCCAUGUCACGAAGAUCUCCAAGCGGCCGGGAAAUUAGUUCCUCACCAUCCGUCCUUUCUGACGAUUUUUGUGUCGCACCAAUGGCUUGCCAUCGAUCACCCAGAUGAAUCAGGAGAACAGCUGGCCGUGUUGCAGGAUGCCUUAGCAAACAUCAUCGAGGGAGUUACCAAAGUGGAAUUGGAUUUGCAAGCGCAGUUCAUUGGCCAGCACAAAACGCUCAGCGACCAAGAGCGGGAGGAAAUCAAGGAAGGCUACAUCUGGAUGGAUUGGUUUUCCGUGCCACAGGAAAGGAACUCGAAAGGAGCCACUCCAUCAGCAAUGGGCGCCAGUCCAUCGGCCAUUUUCAGUCCAAUGAAUUUCCUUUCCGAACGAUCAGGCACAGAAUCCUGGACCUCCUUGGACGAGGCCAACAAAUGCAUACAGAGCAUCCCGGCAUAUGUGGAGGCCAGAAACUCGUUGAUGGAUUAUGUUUUGCCAUAUUUCUCGAGCUUGAUGGAGAUCCCUGGAGGAUAA